AUGGCUACCAAACUGUUUCAUAGUCAAACUCAAUCUAGAAGCGUUGAGAGAUCAGUGGUUUUUAGAUAAUACUCCGAAAAUGUCGCUCGCUCCAUACUUCUUCGACUACGAUCUGCCCCGGUGGCCACGUCGUCUCCUUGAUCAAAACUUCGGUCUGACUCUUUCACCAGACGACCUAUACACGGCAACUACAAGUCCAAUCAUUCCAAGGUACAGAUUCUUUUGGCCCAAAGACGCUGGCUCAUCCAUCAAAUUCGAGAAAGACAAGUGGCAGAUCAGCGUCGACGUCCAGCAUUUUGCCCCAGAUGAAAUCACUGUGAAGACAGCAGAUGGUAACAUAGUUGUUGAAGGGAAACAUGAAGAAAAGCAAGAUGAACAUGGAUUCGUCUCCAGGCAUUUCGUGAGGAAGUUUAAAAUCCCAGAGGACACGGACCCUGAAGCGAUAGAAUCAAGGCUUUCCUCUGAUGGUGUGUUAACUGUUUUAGCAUCGAGAAAAGCAGAUGUACUUAAAGGUGAAAGGAAUGUACCUAUAACUCAAACGGGCCCAGUCAGGAAGGAUGUUAAGGAUGAAACAGUGCCAGAAAAGAAGGCUUAGUGUAAAAAUUGUGUAUGUCUUUUUUUGUAAACUUUUUGUGAUUGAAUAAUGAGACUGUGAAUAGGAUUUUGUAUUUCUAUAAUAAAAUAAUGGAUAUUUUAUA